AUGGCUGACCAUCCUAAAGAAGGCAAACUGUCUAGGGCCCCGGACUUCACCCAGCUGAUUGACAUGGCAUCUGAGUCUGUAGGAGGAAAGAUUUUAUUUGCAACAGAUGACUUUUUUGCUCCUGCGGAAAACCUUAUAAAGAGUGACCCCCCAGCUUUUAAAGAACAUGUAUAUACUGAGUUUGGGAAAUGGAUGGAUGGAUGGGAGACCAGAAGGAAAAGGAUUCCAGGUCAUGAUUGGUGUAUCAUCAAACUGGGAAUUCAAGGAAUUAUCCGAGGUUUCGAUGUGGACAUUUCUUACUUCCUAGGAAAUUAUGCUCCUCGAAUGUCAAUUCAAGCAGCAAAGUUGGCAGAAGAUAAACUACCAGAAAUCCCACAAAGAGGAGUCAGGACAGGAGCAGCAGCCAAACCCGAGGAAUUUGAAGCUAUUGAUGAGCUGAAGUCCAAUGACUGGAAUUACUUGGUUCCUAUGGCAGAGCUAAAAUCAAGCAAGUGUGGCUGUAGUCACAAUUAUUUUCCUGUCAAUUCCCAGCAGAGAUGGACUCAUAUAAGACUUAACAUUUUUCCAGAUGGUGGAAUUGCCCGUCUCAGAGUAUAUGGUACUGGACAAAAAGACUGGAUUGCGACUGACCCCAAAGAACCUUUAGACCUGGCAGCCAUCGCUUAUGGGGGUGUCUGUGUGGGAUUUAGUAAUGCACAUUUUGGACACCCAAACCAUAUGAUAGGAGUUGGCAGAGCAAAAUCUAUGGCAGAUGGUUGGGAAACUGCGAGAAGAUUGGACAGGCCACCAAUAUUAGAAAAUGAUGAGAAUGGUAUUCUCCUGAUUCCGGGUUGUGAAUGGGCAGUUUUCCGAUUGGCACAUCCAGGAGUAAUAACUCAAAUUGAAGUAGAUACAAAAUACUUUAAAGGCAAUUCUCCUGACAACUGCAAACUUGAUGGUUGUAUCCUGACAACUCAGGAGGAGGAAGACAUGAUUAAGGAAAAGUGGAAUCUUCCAGCUCAUAAGUGGAAACCGCUGCUUCCGGUCACAAAGCUAUCCCCAAACCAAAGUCACUUGUUCGACAGCCUAACACUGGAGCUCCAAGAUGUCAUCACCCAUGCCAGGUUCACCAUCGCCCCAGAUGGGGGAGUGAGCCGCCUUCGGCUCAAGGGCUUCCCCAGCUCCAUCUGCCUCCUGCGGCCAAGAGAAAAGCCCAUGAUGAGAUUCUCAGUUAAACCCGGGUUUAAAGCAAACCUUUAA